CAUCCGCGGCCGCAGACGCACGUCCGCCGGAGACUGUGUACGCGUAUAUUUUUUACAGUAUAAAUAAGUGAGUGGUAGCCCUAUUAUGAUAUAUGAUUUAGAAAAAUUUACAAAGUCAACAUUAAGACAAAGAUGAAAGCGUGGACGGCGCACGACCCAGAUACAACACUGUCAUGCUGCAGAACAUUGCACGUAAAACAUGCUGCAUAUGCAAGUGCACUAUACACAUUGAACAUAUCCAUAUUGGUGGUACUAUUAUACAGCUGGAGAAUUGGUGUCAACGCGAAAAGAUAUAAAGAACUUGACGACGUAUACUACGGUGUACAGAUAGCAUAUUUUGCGAUAAUAGGAACACAAAUGUUUAUGAUCGUCCUCAGUAUAUUUCUUUUCUACGGAAUUUACAAGGAGAAUGUGGCCUUUCUUGUGCCUUGGGUAGUUGGCUGCAUGACGUUUAUGGCGUUAGAGGCGAUGGCUAUGGUAUAUUCUAAUAUACUUCGAGAUCACGUCAAUAAGCAAUUCGACGCGAUGUGUAAAGCAGAGAUAUCAUUUUUAAUGCCAAGAAUACUUUUGAAUUGUCUAUGUAUAUGGUGUGUUUUGCGGCUGUAUCAUCUUCUGAGAGCUGGAGUCACGUGGAAGGGUUCCGCAGCGAUAGAACUGUGACUAAUGCGAAAUCCCCCCACUGAGGACACACCACCCAAUCAAACCACUCCUUGCGAAACUAGUCUCCUACUCGGCGGAGCUGAAAGUGACACCGACGCCAGUCUUCAUUCCCUAUGAAAGCUCCUAGAUAUUUGAAGCAAAAAUCGUUAGUACCAUUCUUAUAAGAAUGUCAUUUGUUUAUUUGAUAUUUGUAAAAAUAUUUUAUAUCACAAACACAUCAACGCCAACUGUAUCAACAUUAUUAUAUAGUCAUGUAUAUUAGACUACUGUAAAUACAAUGUACAAAUGUUACAUUGUCCGUAACGAUACUGUAAGGAAUAUGACAAAAAUAAGGACGUACAGACAUAAUUUCACUGUUUUUUUUUAAAUAUUAAAAAGCUUGUAUUUAUUUAAGGCAAUGUAAAUAUUAGCUUUGUAGAAAUAUGUAAAUAUUAAUAGAAUACGUAAAUCAGCACUGUUAUAUUGUUGCAAGGAAAUAAAACAUGCGUAUAUCAGUAUAUUUUAUUAUGAUCAAAUUAUAAUUAUAAUUUAUCAAUUAUAUGGGGUGAAAUUGAAAACAGUCACCAAACUACAGAGUACACACACAUAGUAAUAGUAAUUUGUUAUAAAAAAUACAUUCCCAUUUUCAUUUUUAAUAGAGAAAAAUUUAAAUUAAUUUUAGGAGUAUGACGUUUACAAACAUAUAUCGUAAACCUUUUAACUUUUACGUAUUCUUGAUAUUUUAAGACAGUUAUAUGUGUAAUGAAAAGAAAAGAAAUAAAAUAAUGAUUGUGUAAUAUUCAAAAUGUGACUUUAAAACGUGACCGAGUUGUUUGAAAUUAAAUGUUAUUUAAAACAUAUUCAUUUGUAAUAGAAACCUGAUUAAUAUCACCCUAUAUAACGUAUCCUAUGUUUAAAGUGUGUAAUAAAAGUAUUCAAUGUU